AUGCGUCUCGCUCUGCUCGGCAGCCUUUGCGCCUCCACUGUCGCGUCUGCUGCAGCACAAAGACGAUAUGCCAUUCUCGACAACGACUGGAGCUCCACAGCGUUUGCUGUCUUCCUAAUGGCACUAGAUGGGGGUAUCGAUGUCCUGGCUCUGACAGACUGCACAGGGGAUACAUGGCAGCACCAAGAGACUCUGCAUGCCCUCGCGACUCUAGAGCUGGGUAACCUCUCGUGUAUCCCAGUUGUACCUGGGGCCACCUGGCCACUCCUGCAGACGCCUGAGCGUCUGCAGGCUUGGGAGUCGAUCUACGGCCCCUUAGUCUGGCAAGGCGCAUUUGCUGCUCCCAAUUAUACAGCGGAGGCACAGGGCGCAGAUCCUACUGGAGGUGAUCCUAACCGUAUUGUGCCUGCGGCGUUCGUGGAGGGGUUACCUGCCACGAAGCCGAUGAACACCACCAACGCAGCCAACUUUAUGGUGGAGAUGGUGAGGAAGUAUCCGGGGCAGGUCAGUAUUUACGCAGCGGGCCCGCUCACGAACGUCGCGCUCGCGGUACGGAUGGAUCCGGAUUUCGCGGAAAAUGCGAAGGAGCUGGUGAUCAUGGGUGGGUAUGUCGACGUCGAACUGCUUCAGGCCACCGGGAGCUUGCUAAUGGCAAAUAUCAACUCUGAUAUCAACCUGAUUAUGGAUCCGGAAGCAGCGAGUAUCGCGCUGACGGCGCCCUUCCCAAAUAUCACCAUAGCGGGGAAUGUAGCCAACCAGGUCAUAUCCACGCAAGCGUUCUUGGACCAAGUCAUCCAGGUGAACAAUUCCUAUAGCAAUUUGAUGUACAAGUACUACGGAACGGAAUUUCCCUUCUGGGACGAAACAGCGAUGGCGUUGCUCGUGGACCCUUCUAUCAACACCAACUCCACUAACGUAUUCGUCGCGGUGGACACCGCCUACGGCAGUCCCAGCUACGGCAAUAUUCACGUAUACCAAAAGGCACUGGCGCCGCCGAAUACGAGGAGCGUGCAGUAUGUCUUCGAGGUGGACGGCGGCAAACUGCAAGACAUGAUUAUGCAUGCUGUGCAGUAUCCACCGCAGGUAUGCUAA